AAAAAGAGGGGAAGAAAAAUCCCUUCCCCCCCUCCCUCCCUUUUCUUCUUCCAGGCCCCAAACCCUAUUCUCCUUCCUCGCCGCUUCUUUCAAUUCCCCCAUCCCGUAAUUAUCUAUUUACACUCCCCGUUCCCAAACUCCAAAGAUCAAUUUUACAAACCGAGCCCAACUUCAACAACCAAAAAUGCCGCUCUUGAAGAAAAAACCCUUCUCUCUCUUGGAGCCCCCGAAGGAUCUGAGCCCAGAUGAGCAAGUGUGGCAGAUUCGCUUCACCCAUGAGAUCUUCAGAGACUACUCGGUGUAUUUGGAGAGGAUGAACUUGUAUCGGCGGAGAAUUUGGGCGUGCAGGAUCACGGCGAGGACGAAUAUGACUUACGAGGAGGCGCUGGUGUCGGAAUUAGAGGCGAUUGCUAAGCUCCGGCGGUUUCCUGAGGAGUUCAAGGGUUUCGUGCUGCAAAAUACCCAAUUCAGCAUGCUGAAGAUAAAUGAUCUGGCAACAAUGGUAAUUGAGAAACUGAGAGAGACACUUCUACCAGGUGAAGAGCUCCUAGGACAUAUAGACAAUUGUAGCGGUCCCUGCAAGAUUAAGAAGGUAUUGGGUGGCAAAGGUGGCACCGCUUAUGAAGUUGGUUGGCUUAGUGAUAAUAAAGAAGUGACUAAGACUUCUGUUCUGGACAAAAAGAAUUUGAUCAGGAAAAAGUUCCCUUUCUCAAGAGAGCUAUUGAAGCUAUACAUAAAGGAAUCAACUCUUCAGACUAAUCCCUGGGUAGUCCAAAAUAAUCUGGUGAAAAUGUAUGGAUUGCCUACAAAACCCCCUCAUGGAUUAGAAGAAAAGAUAACUAAGCACCAGAAAGUUGACGGUGUCUCAACUAUCAAAAAGACAAUCGAGAACAUAGAAACAGAUCAAGUGCAAGUCCAGACAAAUAAGUCCACAAAGAGGGGAAAGCAAUCGAAGCUAGAAGAGAUUGUCUACCCCAUUGAAGAUCUACUUGUGAAACCUAGUAGGGAUGAUCCUGAGUUUACAAAGCGGCCUGUUCCUUCUGUUAACUUUAUUAUUCCAGUGGCUGAUGUCGGAAACCUUCUCAUGGUUUGGGAUUUCUUAUCAUGUCUUGGAAAGACUUUGCACUUGUCGCCAUUUUCCCUUGAUGAUUUUGAGAAAGCUAUUGCUUAUGAUGGUGUCUCGAAUCUCAUUGCUGAAGCACAUAUUGCACUGCUAACCCUGCUUGUAAAUGAAGAAGGUGAAUAUUAUGUUUUUAUCCAGCAAAAGAAGAGGGAGGAAAAGAUUAUCAUGAACACUUGGUUGCAGUAUCUGUGUGAUUUCUUAGAGUUAGAAAGCAGAAGCAAAUUUACAGAUCACAUCCUUAGGAUAAAGGAAGGGAAAUACGGUGGGCUCCACGUGCAUGAUAAACUGGAAAUUCUUAGCAAGCUAGUCCAUUGGGCUAUUUCAGCUGAAGCAAUUAGGAAUGAGAUAGAUAAAUGCAUUGAGAAGCAACGAGACCUUAUGGCUAACAAAAGGGAAGAAGAUUUGGAAGAGUUGAGGAUGAAACGCGAGGAGAAGCGACUAAAAAAGGAAAUUGUUAACAAGACGACUCCAGACUCCAUGACCAAUCAUGCGCAGGCGGAAUUGAAUGGAGAUGUUGACAUGAAAAAUCCAUCAUCAAUUGAUGUGAAUAAUUCAGGCAACAGGGGGAGCAAGCUUGAAGUGUUGGCAUCAAGAAGAGCUCUUAUGAUGAAAAACUUGACUUUGGAGAAGGAAAAAGAGAGUUCAAGGAAGAAGGAGCUUCAAAAGUUACGUGAAGAAAGCAGAGCUAAAGAGAAAGAAGCAAGAGAAAGGAAAUUAAGAGAAAAGAGGUCCGAGCUAUAUGAACAAGAGAUCGAGAAGUCGCACAUCUGGACUAGUGCUUUAGGUAAGGACUGCGACCACAAUACAUAUUGGUUUUUCCGAAGGGAUGGGAGGAUUUUUGUUGAAUCAUCUGAUCAUAACCAAUGGGGAUUUUUCUCUUCCAAGGAUGAGCUUGAUACUCUUAUAAGUUCGCUUAAUCCAAAAGGUCAAAGAGAAUUGGCCCUCAAACGUCGUCUUGAAAAACGCUACACAAAAAUUUGUUCUGCACUCCAAAAGAGAUCCAAGGAAAUGGUACGAAAAGUUGUACUAGAAGAUACUGCCAUUUUAAGACGAUCUGUUCGGGUGUCCGCAACUCCAAGAAACGAGACUCCAUCUUUUCUCCAAUAUGUAAAUAAAUUGUAAUUUUGGCUCUAAAGAGUUUCGAUCUGUGCAUUUUGUCAGCACCACAAAACAGUGCAUGCUAAAGAAGCACACUUCUGGUCCUUCCCAAAUGUUGAACUGUGGUAACCUUGCCCUCGUGGGAACUCUCAUCCCGCCUGAUAAAGUUGUAAAGGAUUUUUUUUUAAUGGGUGAGGGAGCUAUAUGAUGAUUUUUAGGUGGAGGGAACUACAGUAAUAGUUGUGAUA